GCUCGUGUCAGUCGGCUGCAAGCUCUCCCGGGACUCUGUUCGCGGGGUGUGUUUCUCAUGUUUUGGUGAAAGUGGUAUGUGCGCGCGCGCGCCUACGAUAUUCACUCCUACGUGUAUAUGUGUUCCGGAAAAAACGGAGGAAAAAAAAGAAAAAUACAUUCUGAUCAACUGUAAAUACCGAUUAAACUAAACACAUAUUACUCUCGAUGUGUUCGAAGGUCAUGUUUCCUACGUUUAUAUAAACGAAUAUAACUCACGCGCGUAUCAUGUAGUUACUAAUAGUCCAUAACGCAGUGAUUUUUCGACUGCGAUAAGGACAUUUUUUCCUUUUUCUGCUUUAUUAUUUUGAAGAAACACAAGAACUGUCUAACACGUGAAUAUAGUUAAUCUCAGUGUGAUUUUCGACGUUGUUGCGAUAUGUUUAUUCUUUAAUUGGAAAAAGAUACGUCGAGGAAGAAAGUCCUUGAAGAUUCAGCUGGAUCGAGGCUACCUUUCGAUGGUUAAACGGAGCGUUGAUUCGUGGAGAAAAUCGGACGAGCAGAAAAAGUUGGUUCUGGAAUUUAAUCGGGCCCCUCCGAUCGUACAUGAGGUUUGCACCAACGGGAUAUUUAAUUGCUAUGCAAAGACGGACUGAGUGAGUUAUGUGCGAUAAUAAAAAGUGUUCAGCGAUUAGAGGACGAAGAAAGGAAAGUCUCGAGUGCGGUGGGGUUGCUUGUGUGAAAGAAUAUAUUCAUCGAAAGCCGUACGCGUGUGCGGGAUACGGAGGAGAAAAUAAUGUUUCAAUGAUAUUAAUCAAGGCGUGAAGAAAGUGAUAAUAAUUGAUCGAUAGUUCUCCGGACCGUAUGCUAGGGAAGAAGAAGAAGAGAAGAAAAAAAGGAUCGAAAGUAGUAUUCCUCGGUGCGGAAGUAAUCUCGAAUUGAAUGUAAAGAAAACCGGAUCGUCGAACGUGUAAAUACAUUGGGAGUUGAUGAAUGAACUGCGAGGAGAGUAUUGAGCUGUAAAGUUGAGUAAGAAAAUGAGAAAAAAGUGUUGAAAAAUAAAUCGGAAAGAAGGAAAGAUGAAUGAGGCAAAGACGAUAAGUUGCGCGGUAAAUUGGACGUACUUCCGGUCAAAGGUAUCAACGAAAGGAGGGAAAUCGGGCCGAAUGGCCUGAGAAAUGCCAGCGGUUCGCGAGGAAGAAGACCCAGAGGAAGAAGAGAAAGAUCGUCGGUACGCGAAGAUCGGUCAACGAGAUUCGUUGAUAGAAACGAGCGAGGAUUUUGAUCGUUGGUUCAAAUCGAUCCAACGUUUGUCAGAAUCGAAGCUGUCGGUGGGCGACACGCUGGAUUUAAAGUCGAGAGGGUUGGGCGAGGGUGGAAUCGAUUGUCCGAGGGACGAGGUCGAUUGCCACGCGGUUCGUUACGGCUACGCGAUCCCCGUGGACGUGUUGCCGAUACCGGAUAAUCCGAAGUUCGCUGAAUUGGUGGUCGACCGCGGGGCGAUAUCUUCACCGGUGAACAAUUAUCGAUGCGAAAGGAGCGAUUAUCAAGAGCAUCAUCGAGUGAUUUAUCGGUGCGAGGAUAAGCAAGAGUUUCAUUGCGAGAACAAAGCGAAGGGUGAAGUGAACAAUUCGCUCGAAUAUCGCGGGCCUCGAGAGACGAGAAUGGCGGCAACUGCCAAGCACGAGCAGCUAAGGGGCAAAUUUCCAACGGAGUCCUCGUCCGGGGAAGAGGACAUCGCGGCGAUCGCGAAGCAGAUAAGCGAUCACGCCGAGGCGAUUUACCAGACUUGGAAGAGCCGAGGGCUCGCGCCCACCGAAAUUCUCAAUUGUCACAGUAACGCGACCGCCGCGGAUAAGUUCGGCAGCGCGCUGACACCGACGACGAGUGUCACCGGUGGCGGGAUGAGCAACGCCAAGAAGAGUUUGUCCCCGAGCAACAGCGCGGGUCAGAACGCGGUCGAAAUAAUCGCCCAAAGCCCCGGGAUCGACAACAACAAUCUGGAAAAGCUCGUGAAUAAUUUCGUGGUCGAAGACCGCGCCAGGCUGGCUGCCGCUGGCAGACGAUCGCCGGCCAAAAAUCUUCCCUCCUCCAUCCAAUUCGCCCUGCAGAAAUUCGAACGGAAUUCCACACCGCACACUUCCCCGGUGAAAACCCCGACCGGCUCGAACCUCACCGCUGCGAUCGUCAAGCCCCAGAUCCAGGCGAAAGCGUCACUGCUCACCUCGCCAACUUGCCCCUACCCUGGCAAGCCCUCGCAAAUAGCGAAGCCUCUUUUGUCCCCCAAAACCCCCACGAGCUCCCACCACAACGAGAUUUUUCUCGAGACCAUAGAAACUACUUACCCGGCCGAUUUGACGCCCUCGAAAAUUCUCGUCCAACAAAAGAGGCCCGUCAGCACCGUCGUUACGUCGCAAACGACGACGAGCGCAUCGACCGUCACCGAGAACUCGAGCUCCGGCCUGACGACGUGGCCGCUCAAGAACAAAGUCACCGAGCCCCGGAGGGUCGCCAAUUCCGUCACUUCGAACUCGAUCGGCAGAGCAAACUCGCCCUGCAAAGAAGACGGCUACGGCCUCGCCUCGAGGAUCAGCCCAACUUCUGCCUACAACGUCAAUUCUUAUCUCGACGAAGUUGCCAGGGAAGAAGAGCGGCUGAUCAACGCCCUUAAAACCGGCGCCGUCAUCACCGACGACGCGUCCUCCUCGAGCGAUCGAAGCACAGUCUCGAACGCUGCUGCUCCUGUCGUGGCUCGACAAAAACCUGCCAUAAAGAAAGAGAAGCCCAAGGUCGAGCCCGUCAAGCAAAUAAUCAUCGGGCCUGCGCCCGUUUCCAACAAUUCUGCCGUCAUCCCCAACUCGGCGACCCCCGCCUCCGCCAUUCUCGUCAACAGCGUCGUCACCGCGCCCCAAAUUAACAGCACCCCGAGCCCCUCGGACCCGAAGAGCGAAGCCUUUUCCUCCGCCCUCUCCACCGCCGGCUACACCAGGAAACGCUACAGAGUCGCUCAGCAAAAAAUCGACGAGCAAAAAACUCCCGCCGCGGUCAACAACAGCGAACAAUUGGUCGCCUCCACUAGAACCAAAUUCGAAAAUGAUCUUCGCAAAGACUCGCCCGACAACGGCAAAGACGAACGCGACUUCGUCACCUCCAGAUGGGGACCCAGACUCAACUCCCCCAGACCCAGACUCGAUCAAGUUCCCCAUCCCGAACUCACCACUCAACAGAAACAACACAUACGCGCCGCCGCCGCCACCGGCACCGGCAAUAACCCCGUCAGACCCUUCCUCACCAGAGGCUCCGUCGCCGAAAGAGUUCUCAUCUUUGAAAAAUGCCCCAGUGAACUUUUACUCGAUAAACGUGGGCCCAGACAACCCCCCGUCAACACGUGGAGAACGGGACACGAGGUCCAGAACAAAGCCCAGACUUAUUCGCGCGACAAGUCACAGCAAAAGGGCUUACCGCCUCACACGACCUUGCAGAGACACGUCAAGGCGAAUCGAAACGUUCACAUACCGAGAUUCUAUUUUCCUGGUGGCAAACCUCCGCCCUUGUCACAAGUCGAAGCAACCAUCGCGAACAUCACUGCUGCCUUCCAAAGCUUACCGGGCCACCGAGCUUCUCGAGCUCAAUUUUUCAUCAUCCCGAAGGCUUGUGAUUUACCAUUCUACUGGAAAGUACCCCUCUUCCUCGCGGCCGGUGGCGAGAAAAAUGGUUUCGUCGAGAUGUCAGCUUUCUUGGACUACUGGAAAGAACUGACGAGCACGUGUCACGACGCUGCCAGCAAAUUUGUCAGGAUCAUAACUCGAGGACUCAGGAAUACGAUUAUCCCAGAAGACUUGAUUCCUCUGGUCCAGGACGUCGUCGAGACUCAUCCGGGUCUCAUUUUCCUCAAAGAAGCGACGGAAUUCCACUCGCGAUACGUCCAUACGGUAAUCGCCAGGAUAUUUUAUUGCGUUAAUCGAAGCUGGAGCGGAAAGAUCUCCGUGGCAGAAUUACGUAGGAGCAACUUACUCGCUGUAAUCAGUAUCCUCCAGCACGAAGAGGACAUCAAUCAAGUCACGGCGUACUUCAGUUACGAACACUUUUACGUCAUAUACUGCAAAUUUUGGGAAUUGGAUCGUGAUCACGAUUUGUUUAUCGAUAAAAUGGAUCUGAUGAGGCACAACGAUCACGCGUUGUCGACCCGCUUGAUUGAGAGAAUAUUCAUCUUGACACGAGGCGGAGUGAAAAGUGGUGGCACUAAACAGCCAGAAGACAAAAUGAGUUAUACGGAAUUCGUGUGGUUUUUACUCAGCGAAGAAGACAAAAAUCACCCCACUGCCAUCGAGUAUUGGUUCAGAUGCAUGGACUUGGACGGUGAUGGCUACCUGUCGAUGUACGAGCUCGAAUAUUUCUACGAAGAACAAUUGCAGCGUAUGGAAGCAAUUAAAAUGGAGACACUGCCGUUCGAGGAUUGUUUAUGUCAAAUGCUGGACAUGAUUCAUCCAGCUACACCAGGAAAAAUAUCCCUGAGCGAUUUGAAAAAGUGCAAAAUGACUUCAAUAUUCUUUGACACUUUCUUCAACCUCGAGAAGUAUCUUGAUCACGAGCAGAGAGAUCCUUUCGCAUCGACGAGGGAUCACGACGCCGAUGGUGAAGAGUUCUCCGAUUGGGACCGAUUCGCUGCAGACGAAUAUGAAUUGUUGGUUGCCGAAGAAAACGCGAAUGACCAGAACGAGCAGACAUCGUACGAAAACGAGACGGAGGAGGAUGCCUUUUCGCCGAACCUCGAUGUGCUCAUAGGUAGUGAAAAUUCAAACGAUUCAAACCGAGGGAAGAAUCACGGAUCGAUGAAUUACGCCGAAAACAACGGAACGUUGAAAGAUUCAUCGAAGACCCAGAAUUAUGACAGCGGAGAGAGCGAUGAUUAUGCUGAAAGUGACAAUUAACGAGAAAAACGAAGAACGGAGAUGGGAAUAAUGGGGGAGCGAGUGAAUUUCACUAAAAUCAUCAUUUUCUCCGGGAAUCGUCGUUACGUUUGGACUCUCGUUCGGUCAAAUUACGAAGAGAAAGAAAGUCCAUAGAAAAAUAAAGAGAAUCGGAGAAACUUUGAAAUAUAAAAAACUAUAUAUUUAAUACGUAUAAAAAUAUAACACAAGGCUUGAGAUUUGUGUUUACGAUCACAGAUCGCGUACUUCAAGAUUGUAAAUAGACGCUAAAGUAACAAUUAUUAUUUUGAAAUAUUAUGAUUAGGAGUGCUGAGAGUUGUAGCGGUUACUAUAAAAUAUUAUAUGAAAUGAGCGAGUCAGCGAAAAGAGCGAGUGACGCGAGUGAUUUUUUCUGCGGAUGUUUUUUCCUCCAUGUUUAACGAUGAGAAAAUAGGUGGGUCUAAUCGAGUGAAGUAUAUCAGCGGAUAUACAAGCGCGUUGUUCCGUCUUUAUAAAUCAUGUCGUGUGAAUAGAUGUGUAAAUAUGAGAGGAAUGAUGCUCGAAUCUUGAUUUUUGAAUUUCGUGUUGUUUUAGCCCAAAAUCUAUUUUUACUUUCCCUCGCAAAAGAAAUUCAAGGAUUUCGCGCGUUGUUAUUUUACAUUUAAAAAUAUUGCUUUAUUCAUUUUUGCAUACUUUUUUCCUAUGAGAAAAACGAACAUUCGAAUUCGAAAUGUACAAUGGUACGAAAAGUUUUAUUACACACUAAAAGUGCAACUCUCUUCCUCGCCCUGAAGAAUCUCGGAAUAUUUUUGGUGUAGUUUCUUGUGACUUUUUUCAUACACGAAAUGAAGUUUUUGUUUGGGACAGCACUCGAGAUUUGAAAAAAAAAGUAAAAAUCAUGUUUUCUUAAUACAUAUAGAGAGAUACGUAUGCGUGCAAAGAUGGUGAGAGUGAAUCACUGUCACGUGUGCUUUAUCCACGAUCAUGCACUAAAGAGUCAUCGUAGAAAAUAAGUAUUUAUAUACCUUAAUAUCGAUAAUCUCAUGCGUAAGAAGUUGGUUAUUUGUAAACUAAAAUACGUGUCUUUUUUGUAAAACGAUGCUCAUCGAGGAUAUAUCAGAUCUGCUAUUAGUCUCGUACACACAGAGACAAAUAUUACGUGAAUGCAUAGCACACAUUAUCGACGCUUCGAAACUGUGCGAACAACCCUGCGAAUAUUUUCAAUUGGUAGAUGCUCCCUAAUAUUUUUCUCAAGAUAAAAAAAUACAUUCGAAUCGUCCUCUUCUUAGUGUGGUAAGGCUCGACAAUGCUCUUCGAAGUUUCAUCGAUAUUCUUCUAUCGAAUCUCUCUCACGAUAUAUACUAUAACUAAUCCGACUCGUGAGAAUCGGCUGAAGAUCAAUUUUCAACAGCAAAUGCACCUACGUGCUCUACCUAUUCGAGGAAACAGAGAGAAAAUAAGAUGAAGAGAGCGCUCAGUUAUUUCCAUGACAAAAACCAACAAAAAUAUUAUAAGUCCAUCCCAAUUGUAUCCACGGGGAUUAAACGAGUAUUAACUUUCGUAACAUUGAAGAGGGAGACUAAUUAACGAGGGUUACAGAUCUUUUGCAAGACUGCAGCAUCGUCUAAACACACAUAUACACGUGAUAUAUAAAUAUAUAUGCAACAGAGUAUCUCACUAUGGAUCAUCAUCACCGUAAAAUUCAUUCAAACUCGAGUGUAAGCUUGAAUUUCUGGUCGGAAGUACUAAUUUCGAUUAUUCUUCCAAAGAUUUUAUUCUCGUAGCUUAAUUGCGUAUUCCGGCUAAAUCGUUGAAGACGAAGGAAAAACGCUCGGAACCAAGCUCGUAGAGCAGAGAUUUUCCUAUUAAAGAGCCUCGACAAAGUUCUAUUUUCGACACUAUGGACCUGAACGCAAAUCGGAAAUCCUUGGCCUUCUAAAAUUAAUUAGUUUUUCGAGCCUUCUCCAAAACUUAAUCACCUAAUGAAAAUCGAUGUCAGGAGCUUUUUCAUAAAAUAUGUUUUACUUUACAACAUUUAUCUCACAAAUUUCUUCUCUCUCUCUCUCACACACCAUUUUUGUAACUUUUUUUUGUGUCGCUCACACGUUUUUAACUCGGUCCUACAAGCUGAAGCCAUCGGUCGUGAAAUACUCUGUAUUUAUAUUUAUAUAUAUAUCUAUAUAGAUGUAGACAUAAGAUUAACAUAGCCGAUAGGAUAAUUUUAAUAUGGCGAUUCGCGUAAUGCUACAUUCUAGUCCAAAACGUGCUACCGAAUCGUAUUUUAACCUUGAGUGACUUGGUGAUAAAUACGAAUUUCGCAGAGAUAUAUCCCCGGUAAUAUAAUAGGAAACGUCAGAGCGCGUUUUAACGCUCUAAAUUUAAGGAAAUAGGAAAAAAGAAAGAACGUGAGAUAAAUUGGAGCGAAAGAGAGAUUGAUGAAGUGCGUGUGCCAGAAAAUAUGUAAACGGGAUACGAGAGAACAAAGAAAAAUGCGGUGUUUUGUUGAUUAUCCAAAGAUGUAACUAUAGUUGAUAAUAUAUUAUGCUUGUUAUGGUUUUUUUUACUAUUUAUAUGAAACAAAAAGAAAAGAAUUUACCAGGAGGAUCGAAGGGGAAAAUAUAUUAUCGCGGCGAGAUAAUUUUCAUUAUAUUAUACAUUUCAUCAUAUAUUUAUCGUUCAUUAAUUCAUAUAUAUGCAUUAAUUAUAUUCAUAGAUUUAUCGUUGUUUCGGGAUUUUUUCAAAUCCAAUCCGACGUUCGUUGCUACAUUCUUGUCUUUCCACGUUUUUAAGGAUUACGAGCAUAUAUGUUUCAUCGUUACAGUCCAAAUCGUACUUUUAUUUUUUUUCUUUCAAGCAAAUACCAAAAAUCUAAAGUUUAUCGAGAUUUACAGAUGGGAACAUUGAAUAAGGAAAAUCAUUUUUGGAAACAGAGAUAAUCGAUUCUCGAUGAAGCCGUCAACUUGACGAAAACGAUUGCGAUUGCCAAGGCACCAUUUGUUGAGCAUCCGCAAAGGGAUCCCCACGAAAACAACAAAUCGUUUCAUGGACGAUAAAUUAUUCGACGUGUCAACCAAAUCGAUCUGGUAGUUUUCGAGAUUUUUUUUAUUACCCGUUGAAAAAUGUAGCUCCAACGAAGGUUUGCUACUCAACCGACACAAUUUUUCGAAUUUGCUUACCAAAAAUGAUAAAUCGAAGAUUCGGUGAUGGCUGUGUCCUUUCAAAAACUCGCGUUUUCGGUUCUUGUUCCACUUCCAUCACAUUGGAAGCCAAGUUAAAAACUUGCUCUCACAUUUAUCGCCAAGUUUUCGUUUCUCAUAUGUUUUUCCUCAGAUUCUAAGAUGUUAGCGAUUUGGACUGUGCAUAUUUCAAUUAUUAGAAAUAAUACUUUAUCCGUUAAUAAUGAGUAUCAUAAAGAUUGUUUAUUCCGCAAAUUUGAAGGCCCGAUUUUCGACGACAGUCGAUUCGCGCCCAGCUUCAUUAAAUAGUGAAUGAAAAAAAGUGAAAGUUUGUAAAAAAAAUCCAGUACGUUCGCAUAUGUCUUUGGGCAAAAGCGUGAUUCAAUCGGUGCUUUUUCCAAAAGUUCUUUGUUCCAUCACCCCUGUCCGCAAAAAAGAAACACUAAAAAUCGUAUACGACGUGCUUCAUCGCAACCAACAAAAAACCACGUUUGUCCCAAAAAUGUAACUGGUAAGUGUGUUUCGGAGGAACCGAAAACAGCAGAUGUUCCAAUAGAGAGAAAAACAAAAUCUUUCCAAUCUGUAUUACAUUGAGAAUUCGUACGUAAUUCAAGGGAGAAGGAAAUAAGUAAGAAGAUUAAAAUAAAAGCCUUAAAACCCAAUAUCACGUUAUUGAAACGUAUGUACAACGUAUACCUCGACGUAUAUAUCUAAAUAUACGUAAACACACAUAACUGUAGCGAAUUGUAAUAUCUUAUGGUUCAACAAACAAAUUGCAUAAUUCGUAUAUUAUUGUCAUUUACCAAUAUAUAUAUUUAUAUUAUAUGAUAACCACCAAUUAAGGAAGACUAAAGUUUUUAGAAGCUCUCGAUUGUUAUGUUUUAUUUAUGACAAACAAAAUCUCAAUUAAACCAAUUACUCGGAGUAAUAAAAUAUAUAUAUAUGUUUGUAUGACAGAAUAUUUCAAGUACGUAUAAUCGAUAUGUAAGAAAAAUUGUAUGAGACGGUAUAAUAUAUAGGAAAGGGCUAUUAUCGCAGGACUGAAUGAAUGGUAAGAAAAGAACAAAUACUCGUCACGAUACGCAAAUAACUCUGUAAUAAAUUAUAAAUACACGUUCAAAAUGAUAAAA